GGAGGGACUCCGGUGACAGCUUGGCGGAGCCGGGCGAGGGGCAGCGCUCGGCCGGGCCCCGCGGCGCGGAGGGGCGACCAGCGGCCAGAUGGCCGCAGCCCCAUGUGCCCAGCAGCCGGGGCCCGCGCCGGCCGUGAGGGCCGCAGCCAGGCGCUGUCCCUGAGGCGAGGAGCGCAGGCACCGCCAUGGCCUCAUCCCGCCGGGCCCGGCACGCCGGCCCUCCCGACGGAGGCUGGGGAUGGAUGAUUGUUGCUGGCUGCUUCCUCGUCACGAUCUGCACCAGGGCCGUGACAAGGUGCAUCUCCAUUUUUUUUGUGGAGUUUCAGGCAUACUUUGGGCAGGAUUAUGCCAGAACUGCUUGGAUCCACUCCAUUGUGGACUGUGCUACGAUGCUUUGUGCCCCGCUUGGGAGUUUAAUCAGUAAUCAUGUAUCCUGCCAAGUUGGUAUCAUGCUAGGAGGGCUGCUUGCAUCUGCUGGACUAAUUUUGAGCUCAUUCGCCACCAGUCUGGAACAUCUCUACUUAUCAUUAGGAGUCCUCACAGGACUUGGGUUUGCACUUUGUUAUUCUCCAGCCAUUGCGAUGGUGGGCAAAUACUUCAACAAAAGGAAAGCGCUGGCGUAUGGAAUAGCCAUGUCAGGAAGUGGAAUUGGUACCUUCAUCCUGGCCCCUGUGGUCCAGCUCUUAAUUGAGCAGUUUUCCUGGCGAGGAGCUUUGCUCAUCCUGGGAGGUUUUGUUUUAAACCUCUGUGUCUGUGGUGCCUUGAUGCGGCCUAUUUCUCUUAAGGAGGAUUGUAAAACUGCUCCUGAGUUGCUUGAACAGAAUUAUGUCCUUGAAACAGAGAAACAAGACUUAAAGCAAAUGUCCAUCUGUUCACCUUUAAUCAAAUUAUGGCCUCAUGAAUGUUUGUGCUACUGUUCAUGGAAGGAAUAUGACUUUUUGCUGAUGCCAGGCUUCAUGGUGCUGGCAGUGUCAAUUUUAUUUAUGGCAUAUGGCUGCAGCCCUCUUUUUGUCUACCUAGUGCCUUAUGCUUUGAGUGUUGGAGUGAGUCAUCACCAGGCUGCCUUCCUCAUGUCCAUACUUGGUGUCAUAGACAUAAUUGGUAAUAUCACCUUUGGAUGGCUCACAGACAGAAGGUGCCUGAAGAAACAUCGUUACUUUUGCUACCUCUUUGCUGUGGGAAUGGAUGGCCUCUCUUGUCUUUUCCUGCCAGUUCUCCAAAGCUUCCCCUUGCUUGUGCCUUUCUCAUUUACCUUUGGCUACUUUGAUGGAGCCUAUGUAACGCUGAUCCCCGUUGUGACAGCAGAUGCAGUGGGAACUCCUUUGUUAUCAUCAGCACUGGGCGUUGUGUAUUUUCUUCAUGCCAUACCAUAUCUAGUGAGCCCACCUGUGGCAGGCUGGCUUGUGGACACAACUGGCAGCUAUACUGCAUCAUUUCUCCUGUGUGGAUUUUCUAUGAUAUUUAGUUCAGCACUAUUGUGCUUUGCAAGACUAGCAAAGAAAGUCAAAAGGACACAUUUGCCAUCCCUCACUGGUAACACAGCCUUGAAACAGCACAUCUGGACAAAUGGAGCAAUAGCUUAUUCUGUCACAGCAGAAUUAGACCAAAGGGAUGUUGAAUUUUUGGCUGUGGAUACAAACAGCUUCAGCAACAGGUGACAAGUGCUGGCACAACCUGAGACAGAUGUGGCUCAGUGGUGUUACACUGUUGAAUAUACUUCUCCUGUGAAACAAGACCUCUCAAUUAGAUUGUUCUGUCAUGUUUUAGUUGGCUUAAAUCUACAUACAGCAACAGUAAUACUAAGUUAAUGCAGUAAUGGAAGAAAGCUAGACUGAAAAUAGAGUUUGUAGAUACAAGUGUUCACAGAUUAAUUUGAAAUGCAGUGUUGACUCCACAGGGAUCAGUCACCAAAACUGAACAAUAACAUUUACAUUUAAAAAUACUAUUAAUGACCCAAGCUUUUUCAUUUUGUGGUCUAGUGUGUUUCAAUGGACUAAUUAUACACACCAUGAAAAAAUCUCUGCAUUUAUCAGUCUGCAUGAAACUCUUUGCAAAUGAGUGUUUCAAAUGUCAAAGUCACCUGUUUGUUUAGCUUUUGUUUUGUUUUUGGUUUUUUUUUUUUUUUUAAGAAAAUCUGGCAGGAAUCUGAUUUAUGCUGAAAGUAUCUCUGGAGCAGCUGUAAUUUUUACAAUGUGCCUGAACUUUGUACAUACAUUUCAAUUUAAUUUCAAAUAUGGUUUUAGACCUGCUUUCCCACAUGCUCUAUAGCAAAUUUUACUUUUUUCCUUUUUUCUUCUGAAUACCUUUAAAAUUUGAACUUCUAAACAUUGGCAUUCAGGGUAUGAUCUUUCAGCUGAUCCUUCUCUUGGAGGGUGGAAAAUGUGUUGUGGUGGCUCUACUUAUCUGAAGAGGAGUAAAUUUGUACCAUGGGACCAGGCAUGCUGAUAGACAAAUGUGCUUUAAGUGCAUUAGUUGGAAGAAGCCCAAAGGCAGCCCAAGAGACCAGAGAGGCUCCUUUAUUUUUAAACACAGAGCCUCUUCCUCUUGUAAAAUCAGCACCUAU